AUUUCGCUUAUAUUUUUUUCUUCCUGUUUAUUUUUUGUCUUCUCUUUCCAAACAAACAAAGAUAAAUUAUUUUUGCAGUUGAAAUAUGGCGCAAGUAACUUUUCUGGACAAUCUUUUAAAGGAAUAUUUGGUGUUUAGAGGUUUCUCCUCUACCUUGAAAACACUCGACCAGGAACAAAAGACCGAGAAAGAUCAAAGUUUUCGUGCCGAGAAAUUGUUGGAGAGCUUUAAUCAGUCUAUUCAAAGCCACGACUUAAUGGCGUUACGUGCGCUUUGGACGCACCUUGAUAGCAAUCUCUUCAGCAAACUGGAACAUACUUAUGCAGCAGCUGUGAAAAAAUUGGAAAAUAGUCUGCUGAAACUAUACCUGGUGACAGCAUAUUCAAACAAUCGUCUGGAUAAAAUAACAGAGUUUUUCACAAAGCUCGCUGCGGAUUUACAACAGCAAAGCGAAUGGAAGGAUUGGUUUUAUUUUCCGUUUUGUAAAAACGCCGAAGAAUCGCCUACUUUUGCUUUAUACUUUUCGAAACAAUGGCAAGACACGCUACAAUUGUCCUUGCGUAACUUCCUUACAACUAUAUAUCAAUGUUUACCGCAACCAACGUUUGUGCGCGCUGAAUAUGAGGCCGCACAUAUACGACGCCUGCAGGAGGAAAAUGCUUUGUUGAAGACACGCUUACAACAAAUGCAACAGCAAAUAUCCACUUCCGGUAGUAAUCAAAAUCUGAAUGCAGCUGCCAACGAUUCUACCGGUACGCGCCGUCGUUCUUCAUUUAGACCACAGCAAAGUCUUAGUGACAUAUUGCCCUUUGAUGUAAGUCCUCCCGGACACGUAGUAGAUGAUUUUUCAGUAAUCUCGUCGGAAGUAAACAACGUUGCACAGGCAAGCGACGCCCAGGCGCGCGGUCUGCGAAUGCUGAUGCGCAGCAUAGGAUCGGGUGGAUCGCCAGACACUGGCGGACGUAAAGAUGCUAAUAGUGGUGGAGGUAACGAAAAAGCAAAUAAACGCCGUUCCGGCAGUGUGGGAAGGAAUUGGAUAUAAUUUAGAAAUUAAACUCAAGGAGCUCAUAUAAUAAGGAUUCAAAAACACAAAAAAUAAAUCAGACUUGUACACAUUUGUUGCUCCCAAACUCACGUUUACGCAUGCUUAAAUAACGAGAACACAAAUAUUACCGCAAUAUACAUAAAAUAGACUCUUUUUUUUAUUCCAUAUACAUGGGUAUAUAUAGCAUAUAUAGGUUUAAUAUUGAUUUUAUUGAUUGCACAUUUUAAACUAUUAAUUUGUGUUGCUUUUAACAAUGAAAAGGUGAUGCUUUAUGUUUGCUUAAAUUGGUAUUGAAUAUAUAACAUUCUCAUUUAUACUUGAAUAAUUUAAAAUAUAACAUAACUUUAUAUUUUAACAACUAUUAAUUAGUGUUGUACAUUUAUCACAUGUACUCGAUUUGACCAUACUAUUACUACGUUUAAAACGUUAUAGGGCAGGUAAUAUUUAUGUAUGUAUAUAGAUGCUUGCGCGUUACAUUCAACAAUUCGUAUUAUUACCAAAA